CAACUCUUGCUGUGACGGUCACAUUCCUCGACGAGAGUCGUACGUGUGACAUGGCUGGAACCUUCCUGUACUUUGCAUACGGCAGUAACCUUCUGGCGGAGAGGCUAUUGUUAAAUAACCCCACAGCGCAGUUCAUUCACAGAGCCCGACUGAAUGACUACCGCCUGACGUUUGACGCACCAUGUGACACCAAGACGAUGCUGUGGGCGGGUGCGCCCGCCACCAUCAGGAGUCGUCUUGGAUCCAGUGUCUGGGGCAUCAUAUGGCAGCUUGAUAUUGCCGACAGCGACAAUCUGGACAGUCAGGAGACUUUCUACCAGCGCCGGACCGUGACAGUAACGACACCCGACGGCACAACGCACACGUGUCGGACGUACGAGCUGGACGGGGAGUAUGACAUCGCACAUUCCCCCUCCCCGCAGUACAAGGAUGUGAUUGUGAGGGGGGCGAGACAAAGCGGCUUACCCCAAGCUUACAUCUCCCAGCUGGAGGCUGUAGAAGACAAUGGAUACGACGGAGAGGUUAAAGUCUACAACAGACUCAUACGCCAAUUGGAAAAUCAACAUCAAUGACACAAGUUCAGCAAUCAACCUUGCCGUUUUAUAUCUUCUUUCUAUAAUGAUUAAAUUUUACUCGAGAAUUUGUUCUCAAACAAAAGAGCCAAUUCGCAUGAAUCAUCCUCUAUCAUCUAUAUCUCCAAGCUGGAGGCAAUAGAAGACAAUGGAUACGACGGAGAUCUUUUAGUCUAUAACAUUCUUAUAUGUCAACUGGAAAGCUGAGAACUAACAAGUGAAGCUGGGGUUACAAUGGGCCUUGAGGAUACAGAAUGAUUGGACUCACUUAUACCCCGUCCACAUGCACAUUUACAGACGUAAGUAAUUUUACACAUGUGGAACUUUUCAUACGUGUGUAUAUGUAAAUGUACCAUGCGUUCACAUGAAAAGCAUCCUAGGUGUGUAAAUAAAGUAUGUAAAUUGUGUAAGGCAAACAUAUUCGUCAGUUUGUUCAUGACUUAAAACAUUGUUGUUUUCCAAUCAAAGUUGUUUGAGAAGAGAGUUACUUUACCGAAGAUCUUCACAUGAAGCAACAUGUGUUUGAUUUAAUUUGUACACAGGUUUGACUCCUUGAAACCAAAAGAAAACACCGUCCGCCCAACUCAUAAAAGUUGGCAACUUCAGAAUACCGAACUGUUGACAAUUUGUUUGGUGUUGGCAAAUCAACAAAUAUACACUCACCGACAACAGAAACGGGAGUACUACACAUGUUGGUUAAUGUAUGAAGAAUUAUGUAUAUUCAAGAGAUAUUAUAUGGGUUCGACGAACAAACGAACAUGCUGAUAUGUUGUGUGAACCGACGCUCAUGAACGCAUCACAUGUGACGUCAUAGAUCCAUUACUUGCGAUGCACCAUUCGUCUUGUGCAGGAUUAGCGUGUAAAGUUUGGAAACACGUGCAGUAUAUCGUGAUAAAAAUGAAGACACUCUGUGGUUACAUUUGAAUGAUUGUUAGUUUUGUCAUUAAUUGGUACACAUUAAAAACAUCUCUUCUUAACAUACAUACUUCUCUAUAUGUUUCUUUAGUUCACGUUUCUUUUGGCCGUGAGUAUAUUAAUUCGAUCGUCCUCUGACGUUGGCAUAAACGUUGACAUUACAACAUAUACACACAGUGAAAAUUUACAUUUAUAUUAGCACUUGCUCCAGACAUGAUGCAAAUUUGCUCCUGGUGUAAAUAUAAACACAUGAGUAAACGCGUUCACAUGGAUUAGAUUGGGCCCGCUUACAUUAUCUGUGCUUAUAAUGGUGGAGACAUAUGACAAGCUGUGUCAGCCAUUGUUCUUUUCAACAACAAAACGUACGUUGUAUUAGUAUUGAGUGAGUGGGGGUUUAAAGUCAAGUCGAACAGUUUCAGUUAUAUCACAGCGUGUCAGCUUGUGGGUUGAAAGCCCGAAGUGACGCACGUCUUAGAUGAUUACCAUUUUGGCGAAACCCGCGAUCAUGGUGUCAACAAUGUUGUGUUAAAACAAUACUAAUACUAAUGGCUACACAUCUGCAAAAGUCCUUUUUGAAACCCUUGUUCUAAUGGUUUCACCAUCAGUCCUUGAACCAAGCUGAUUGUCUUAUAAGAACAGUAUUUUCUCUUUCCCAGCAGGUGUCUAAAGUGCCAUUUUAAGAAACUUGAACCAUACUUCUAUCUGUCCAUACAAGUGAUGCAUGGUCCAUUUGUCAUUUGAUGUUUGUUUGUUGACACUUAUAUGUUUCAAUGGUUUUCUUCCUGAGCCUUGUAAUAUGACAAAUGAAUAUGACAGAAAAUGA